AUGGACGUGGACGUGGACAUGGACGUGGACGUGGAGGUGGACGUGGACGUGGACAUGGACGUGGACGUGGACGUGGACGUGGACAUGGACGUGCACGUGGACGUGGACGUGGUCGUGGACGUGAACGUAGACGUGGUCGUGGACGUGGACGUGGACGUGGUCGUGGACGUGGACGUGGACGCGGACGUGGACGUGGACGUGGACGCGGACAUGGACGUGGACGUGGACGGGGACGUGGUCGUGGACAUGGACGUGGACGUGGUCGUGGACGUGGACGUGGACGUGGACGUGGACAUGGUCGUGGACGUGGACGUGGACGUGGACGUGGACAUGGUCGUGGACGUGGACGUGGACGUGGACGUGGACGUGGACAUGGUCGUGGACGUGGACGUGGACGUGGUCGUUGACGUGGACGUGGACGUGGACGUGGACAUGCACAUGGACGUGGACGUGGACGUGGACGUGGUCGUGGACGUGGACAUGGACGUGGACGUGGACGUGGACGUGGACGUGGACGUGGACAUGGACGUUGACGUGGACGUGGACGUGGACGUGGACGUGGACGUGGACGUGGACGUGGUCGUGGACGUGGACAUGGACGUGGACGUGGACGUGGACAUGGACGUGGACGUGGACGUGGACGUGGACGUGGUCGUGGACGUGGACGUGGACGUGGUCGUGGACGUGGACGUGGACGUGGUCGUGGACGUGGACGUGGACGUGGUCGUGGACGUGGACUUGGACGUGGUCGUGGACGUGGUCGUGGUCGUGGACAUGGACGUGGACGUGGACGUGGUUGUGGACGUGGUCGUGGACGUGGACGUGGACGUGGACGUGGACAUGGACGUGGACGUGGACGUGGACAUGGACGUGGACGUGGACGUGGACGUGGACAUGGACGUGGACGUGGACGUGGACGUGGACGUGGACAUGGACGUCGACGUGGACGUGGACGUGGACGUGGACGUGGUCGUGGACGUGGACAUGGUCGUGGUCGUGGACGUGGUCGUGGACGUGGACAUGGACGUGGUCGUGGACGUGGUCGUGGACGUGGACGUGGACGUGGUCGUGGACGUGGACUUGGACGUGGUCGUGGACGAGGUCGUGGACGUGGUCGUGGACGUGGACGUGGACGUGGACGUGGUCGUGGUCGUGGACGUGGACGUGGACGUGGUCGUGGACGUGGUCGUGGUCGUGGUCGUGGACGUGGACUUGGACGUGGUCGUGGACGUGGUCGUGGACGUGGUCGUGGACAUGGUCGUGGACGUGGACGUGGACGUGGACGUGGACGUGGACGUGGACAUGGACGUGGACGUGGACAUGGACGUGGACGUGGACGUGGACGUGGACGUGGACGUGGACGUGGACGUGGACGUGGACGUGGACAGGGACGUGGACGUGGACGUGGACGUGGACGUGGACGUGGACAUGGACGUGGACGUGGACAUGGACGUGGACAUGGACGUGGACGUGGACGUGGACAUGGUCGUGUACGUGGACGUGGACGUGGACGUGGACGUGGACGUGGACAUGUACGUGGACGUGGACGUGGACGUGGGCGUGGACGUGGACGUGGACGUGGACGUGGACGUGGACGUGGACGUGGACAUGGACAUGGACGUGGACGUGGACGUGGACGUGGACGUGGACAUGGACGUGGACAUGGACGUGGACAUAGACGUGGACGUGGACAUGGACGUGGACAUGGACGUGGACGUGGACAUGGACGUGGACGUGGACAUGGACGUGGACGUGGACGUGGACGUGGACGUGGACGUGGACGUGGACGUGGACGUGGACGUGGACGUGGACGUGGACAUGGACGUGGACGUGGACGUGGACGUGGACAUGGACGUGGACGUGGACGUGGACGUAGACAUGGACGUGGACGUGGAUAUGGACGUGGACGUGGACAUGGACGUGGACGUGGAGGUGGACGUGGACGUGGACAUGGACGUGGACGUGGACGUGGACGUGGACAUGGACGUGCACGUGGACGUGGACGUGGUCGUGGACGUGAACGUAGACGUGGUCGUGGACGUGGACGUGGACGUGGUCGUGGACGUGGACGUGGACGCGGACGUGGACGUGGACGUGGACGCGGACAUGGACGUGGACGUGGACGGGGACGUGGUCGUGGACAUGGACGUGGACAUGGUCGUGGACGUGGACGUGGACGUGGUCGUGGACGUGGACGUGGACGUGGUCGUGGACGUGGUCGUGGACGUGGUCGUGGAUAUGGACGUGGACGUGGACGUGGACAUGGAUGUAGACGUGGACGUGGACGUCGAGUUGGACGUGGACGUGGACGUGGACGUGGACGUGGACGUGGACUUGGACGUGGACGUGGACUUGGACGUGGACGUGGACGUGGACGUGGACGUGGACAUGGUCGUGGACGUGGACGUGGACGUGGACAUGGACGUGGACGUGGACGUGGACAUGGACGUGGACGUGGACGUGGACGUGGACGUGGUCGUGGACAUGGACGUGGACGUGGUCGUGGACGUGGACGUGGACGUGGUCGUGGACGUGGACGUGGACGUGGUCGUGGACGUGGACUUGGACGUGGUCGUGGACGUGGUCGUGGACGUGGUCGUGGACGUGGACGUGGACGUGGACGUGGUCGUGGUCGUGGACGUGGACGUGGACGUGGUCGUGGACGUGGUCGUGGUCGUGGUCGUGGACGUGGACUUGGACGUGGUCGUGGACGUGGUCGUGGACGUGGUCGUGGACAUGGACGUGGACGUGGACGUGGACGUGGACGUGGACGUGGACAUGGACGUGGACGUGGACGUGGACGUGGACGUGGACGUGGACGUGGACGUGGACGUGGACGUGGACAGGGACGUGGACGUGGACGUGGACGUGGACGUGGACGUGGACGUGGACGUGGACAUGGACGUGGACGUGGACGUGGACAUGGACAUGGACAUGGUCGUGGACGUGGACGUGGACAUGGUCGUGUACGUGGACGUGGACGUGGACGUGGACGUGGACGUGGACGUGGACGUGGACAGGUACGUGGACGUGGACGUGGACGUGGGCGUGGACGUGGACGUGGACGUGGACGUGGACGUGGACGUGGACGUGGACGUGGACAUGGACAUGGACGUGGACGUGGACGUGGACGUAAACAUGGACGUGGACGUGGACGUGGACGUGGACGUGGACAUGGACAUGGACGUGGACAUGGACGUGGACAUGGACGUGGACAUGGACGUGGACAUGGACGUGGACGUGGACAUGGACGUGGACAUGGACGUGGACGUGGACAUGGACGUGGACAUGGACGUGGACGUGGACGUGGACGUGGACGUGGACGUGGACGUGGACGUGGACGUGGACGUGGACAUGGACGUGGACGUGGACGUGGACAUGGACGUGGACGUGGACGUGGACGUAGACAUGGACGUGGACGUGGACGUGGACGUGGACGUGGAGGUGGUCGUGGACGUGGACGUGGACGUGGACGUGGACAUGGACGUGGACGUGGACGUGGACGUGGACGUGGACGUGGACGUGGCCGUGGACGUGGACAUGGACGUGGACGUGGACAUGGACGUGGACGUGGACGUGGACGUAGACAUGGACGUGGACAUGGACGUGGACGUGGACAUGGACGUGGACAUGGACAUGGACAUGGACAUGGACGUGGACAUGGACGUGGACAUGGACAUGGACGUGGACAUGGACGUGGACGUGGACGUGGACGUGGACGUGGACAUGGACGUGGACAUGGACAUGGACGUGGACAUGGGACAUGGACGUGGACAGUGGACGUGGACGUGGACGUGGACGUGGACGUGGGACAUGGACGUGGACAUGGACAUGGACAUGGACGUGGACGUGGACAUGGACGUGGACAUGGACGUGGACGUGGACGUGGACGUGGACAUGGACGUGGACAUGGACAUGGACAUGGACGUGGACGUGGACAUGGACAUGGACAUGGACAUGGACAUGGACGUGGACGUGGAUGUGGACGUGGACGUGGACAUGGACGUGGACAUGGACAUGGACGUGGACAUGGACGUGGACAUGGACGUGGACAUGGACGUGGACGUGGACGUGGACGUGGACGUGGACGUGGACACAUGGACGUGGACGUGGACGUGGACGUGGACGUGGACAUGGACGUGGACGUGGACGUGGUCAUGGACGUGGACAUGGACGUGGACGUGGAUUGGACGUGGACAUGGACGGGACGUGGACGUGGACGUGGACGUGGACGUGGACAUGGACGUGGACGUGGACGUGGACGUGGACGUGGACGUGGACAUGGACGUGGACGUGGACAUGGACGUGGACGUGGACAUGGACGUGGACGUGGUCGUGGACGUGGUCGUGGACGUGGUCGUGGACAUGGACGUGGACGUGGACGUGGACAUGGUCGUGGACGUGGACGUGGACGUGGACGUGGACAUGGACGUGGACGUGGACGUGGACGUGGACAUGGACGUGGACGUGGACGUGGACGUGGACAUGGACGUGGACGUGGACGUGGACGUGGACGUGGACGUGGACAGGGACGUGGACGUCGACGUAGACGUGGACGUGGACGUGGACGUGGUCGUGGACGUGGACGUGGACGUGGACGUGGACGUGGACGUGGACGUGGACGUGGACAUGGACGUGGACAGGGACGUGGACGUGGACGUGGACGUGGACGUGGACGUGGACGUGGACGUGGACAUGGACGUGGACGUGGUCGUGGUCGUGGACAUGGACGUGGACGUGGACGUGGACGUGGACGUGGACGUGGACAGGGACGUGGACGUGGACGUAGACGUGGACGUGGACGUGGUCGUGGACGUGGACGUGGACGUGGACGUGGACGUGGACGUGGACGUGGACGUGGACGUGGACGUGGACAUGGACGUGGACGUGGACGUGGACGUGGACGUGGACGUGGACGUGGACGUGGACGUGGUCGUGGACAGGGACGUGGACGUGGACGUGGACGUGGACGUGGACGUGGACGUGGUCGUGGUCGUGGACGUGGACGUGGACGUGGUCGUGGACGUGGUCGUGGACGUGGACGUGGUCGGGGACGUGGACUUGGACGUGGUCGUGGACGUGGUCGUGGACGUGGUCGUGGACGUGGACGUGGACGUGGACGUGGUCGUGGUCGUGGACGUGGACGUGGACGUGGUCGUGGACGUGGUCGUGGUCGUGGUCGUGGACGUGGACUUGGACGUGGUCGUGGACGUGGUCGUGGACGUGGUCGUGGACAUGGACGUGGACGUGGACGUGGACAUGGUCGUGGACGUGGACGUGGACGUGGACGUGGACGUGGACAUGGACGUGGACGUGGACGUGGACAUGGACGUGGACGUGGACGUGGACGUGGACAUGGACGUGGACGUGGACGUGGACGUGGACGUGGACGUGGACAGGGACGUGGACGUGGACGUGGACGUGGACGUGGACGUGGACAUGGACGUGGACGUGGACGUGGACAUGGACGUGGACAUGGACGUGGACGUGGACGUGGACAUGGUCGUGUACGUGGACGUGGACGUGGACGUGGACGUGGACGUGGACAUGUACGUGGACGUGGACGUGGACGUGGGCGUGGACGUGGACGUGGACGUGGACGUAGACGUGGACGUGGACGUGGACGUGGACAUGGACAUGGACGUGGACGUGGACGUGGACGUAAACAUGGACGUGGACGUGGACGUGGACGUGGACGUGGACAUGGACAUGCACGUGGACAUGGACGUGGACAUGGACGUGGACAUGGACGUGGACAUGGACGUGGACGUGGACAUGGACGUGGACAUGGACGUGGACGUGGACAUGGACGUGGACGUGGACGUGGACGUGGACGUGGACGUGGACGUGGACGUGGACGUGGACGUGGACGUGGACGUGGACUUGGACGUGGACGUGGACGUGGACAUGGACGUGGACAUGGACGUGGACAUGGACGUGGACGUGGACGUGGACGUAGACAUGGACAUGGACGUGGACGUGGACGUGGACGUGGACAUGGACGUGGACGUGGAGGUGGACGUGGACGUGGACAUGGACGUGGACGUGGACGUGGACGUGGACAUGGACGUGCACGUGGACGUGGACGUGGACGUGGACGUGGUCGUGGACGUGGUCGUGGACGUGGUCGUGGACAUGGACGUGGACGUGGACGUGGACAUGGACGUGGACGUGGACGUGGACGUGGACGUCGACUUGGACGUGGACGUGGACGUGGACGUGGACGUGGACUUGGACGUGGACGUGGACUUGGACGUGGACACGGACGUGGACGUGGACGUGGACACGGACGUAGACGUGGACGUUGACGUGGUGGACGUGGACGUGGACGUGGAUGUAGACGUGGACGUGGACGUUGACGUGGACGUGGACAUGGUCGUGGACGUGGUCGUGGACGUGGACGUGGACAUGGUCGUGGACGUGGUCGUGGACGUUGACGUGGACAUGGUCGUGGACGUGGACGUGGACGUGGACGUGGACAUGGUCGUGGACGUGGACGUGGACGUGGACGUGGACGUGGACAUGGUCGUGGACGUGGACGUGGACGUGGUCGUGGACGUGGACGUGGACGUGGACGUGGACAUGCACAUGGACGUGGACGUGGACGUGGACGUGGACGUGGACGUGGACGUGGACGUGGACAUGGACGUGGACGUGGACGUGGACGUGGACGUGGACAUGGACGUUGACGUGGACGUGGACGUGGACGUGGACAUGGACAUGGACGUGGACGUGGACGUGGACGUGGACGUGUACAUGGUCGUGGACGUGGACGUGGACAUGGACAUGGACGUGGACGUGGACGUGGACGUGGACGUGGACGUGGACGUGGACCUUGACGUGGUCGUGGACGUGGACGUGGACGUGGUCGUGGACGUGGACGUGGACGUGGUCGUGGACGUGGACGUGGUCGUGGACGUGGACUUGGACGUGGUCGUGGACGUGGACGUGGACGUGGACGUGGACGUGGACAUGGACGUGGACGUGGACGUGGACGUGGACAUGGACGUGGACGUGGACGUGGACGUGGACGUGGACGUGGACGUGGACGUGGACGUGGACGUGGACGUGGACGUGGACGUGGACGUCGACGUGGACGUGGACGUCGAGGUGGACGUGGACGUGGACGUGGUCGUGGACGUGGACGUGGUCGUGGUCGUGGACGUGGACGUGGACGUGGUCGUGGACGUGGUCGUGGACGUGGUCGUGGACGUGGUCGUGGACGUGGUCGUGGACAUGAACGUGGACGUGGACGUGGACAUGGUCGUGGACGUGGACGUGGACGUGGACGUGGACAUGGACGUGGACGUGGACGUGGACGUGGACAGGGACGUGGACGUGGACGUGGACGUGGACGUGGACAUGGACGUGGACGUGGACGUGGACAGGGACGUGGACAGGGACGUGGACGUGGACGUGGACAUGGACGUGGACAUGGACGUGGACGUGGACGUUGACAGGGACGUGGACGUGGACGUGGACGUGGACGUGGACGUGGACAUGGACGUGGACGUGGACGUGGACAUGGACGUGGACAUGGACGUGGACGUGGACGUGGACAUGGUCGUGGACGUGGACGUGGACGUGGACGUGGACGUGGACGUGGACGUGGACGUGGACAUGUACGUGGACAUGGACGUGGACGUGGGCGUGGACAUGGACGUGGACGUGGACGUGGACGUGGACGUGGACGUGGACAUGGACAUGGACAUGGACGUGGACGUGGACGUGGACGUAAACAUGGACGUGGACGUGGACAUGGACGUGGACGUGGACGUCGACUUGGACGUGGACGUGGACGUGGACAUGGACGUGGACGUGGACGUGGACAUGGACGUGGACGUGGACGUAGACAUGGACGUGGACGUGGACGUGGACGUGGACGUGGUCGUGGACGUGAACGUAGACGUGGUCGUGGACGUGGACGUGGACGUGGUCGUGGACGUGGACGUGGACGUGGUCGUGGACGUGGACGUGGACGUGGACGUGGACGUGGACGUGGACAUGGACGUGGACGUGGACAUGGACGUGGACGUGGACGUGGACGUGGACGCGAACAUGGACGUGGACGUGGACGUGGACGUGGACGUGGUCGUGGACCUGGACGUGGACGUGGUCGUGGACGUGGACGUGGACGUGGUCGUGGACGUGGACGUGGACGUGGUCGUGGACAUGGACGUGGACGUGGACGUGGACGUGGACGUCGACUUGAACGUGGACGUGGACGUGGACAUGGACGUGGACGUGGACGUGGACGUGGACGAGGACUUGGACGUGGACGUGGACACGGACGACGUGGACACGGACGUAGACGUGGACGUUGACGUGGUGGACGUGGACGUGGACGUGGACGUGGACAUGGACGUGGACGUGGACGAGGACGUGGACGUGGACAUGGAUGUAGACGUGGACGUGGACGUUGACGUGGACGUGGACAUGGUCGUGGACGUGGUCGUGGACGUGGACGUGGACAUGGUCGUGGACGUGGACGUGGACGUGGACGUGGACAUGGUCGUGGACGUGGACGUGGACGUGGACCUGGACGUGGACGUGGUCGUGGACGUGGACGUGGUCGUGGACGUGGUCGUGGACGUGGUCGUGGACAUGGACGUGGACGUGGACGUGGACAUGGACGUGGACGUGGACGUGGACGUGGACGUCGACUUGAACGUGGACGUCGACGUGGACAUGGACGUGGACGUGGACGUGGACGUGGACGAGGACUUGGACGUGGACGUGGACACGGACGACGUGGACACGGACGUAGACGUGGACGUUGACGUGGUGGACGUGGACGUGGACGUGGACGUGGACAUGGACGUGGACGUGGACGAGGACGUGGACGUGGACAUGGAUGUAGACGUGGACGUGGACGUUGACGUGGACGUGGACAUGGUCGUGGACGUGGUCGUGGACGUGGACGUGGACAUGGUCGUGGACGUGGACGUGGACGUGGACGUGGACAUGGUCGUGGACGUGGACGUGGACGUGGACCUGGACGUGGACGUGGUCGUGGACGUGGACGUGGACGUGGUCGUGGACGUGGUCGUGGACGUGGUCGUGGACAUGGACGUGGACGUGGACGUGGACAUGGACAUGGACGUGGACGUGGACGUGGACGUCGACUUGAACGUGGACGUGGACGUGGACAUGGACGUGGACGUGGACGUGGACGUGGACGAGGACUUGGACGUGGACGUGGACACGGACGACGUGGACACGGACGUAGACGUGGACGUUGACGUGGUGGACGUGGACGUGGACGUGGACGUGGACAUGGACGUGGACGUGGACGAGGACGUGGACGUGGACAUGGAUGUAGACGUGGACGUGGACGUUGACGUGGACGUGGACAUGGUCGUGGACGUGGUCGUGGACGUGGACGUGGACAUGGUCGUGGACGUGGACGUGGACGUGGACGUGGACAUGGUCGUGGACGUGGACGUGGACGUGGACAUGGUCGUGGACGUGAACGUGGACGUGGUCGUGGACGUGGACGUGGACGUGGACGUGGACAUGCACAUGGACGUGGACGUUGACGUGGACGUGGACGUGGACGUGGACGUGGACGUGGACGUGGACGUUGACGUGGACGUGGACGUGGACGUGGACGUGGACGUGGACGUGGACGUGGACGUGGACGUGGUCGUGGACGUGGACGUGGACGUGGACGUGGACGUGGACGUGGACGUGGACGUGGACGUGGACGUGGACGUGGACGUGGACGUGGACGUGGACGUGGACGUGGACGUGGACAUGGACGUGGACGUGGACGUGGACGUGGACGUGGACGUGGACGUGGACGUGGUCGUGGACGUGGACGUGGACGUGGACGUGGACGAGGUCGUGGACGUGGACGUGGACGUGGUCGUGGACGUGGACUUGGACGUGGUCGUGGACGUGGUCGUGGACGUGGUCGUGGACCUGGACGUGGACGUGGACGUGGACAUGGUCGUGGACGUGGACGUGGACGUGGACGUGGACGUGGACAUGGACGUGGACGUGGACGUGGACGUGGACGUGGACGUGGACGUGGACGUGGACUGGACGUGGACGUGGACGUGGACGUGGACGUGGACAGGGACGUGGACAGGGACGUGGACGUGGACGUGGACGUGGACGUGGACGUAG